UAACAAACGCAACAAGGAAGGGAAGAGAACAAGUCACUAACGUGCCAAGAUUAACUCGUAAAAAUACAAGAACAGAAGAGGCGACGGAUACACCCCCUGGGAUAUCAACGGCGAGAACAGAGAAUAAGGAACCGUUACCGAUAGGUGCUCGAGGCAAUGUACCCAUUCCAUUUCUACAAGUCACUCUCCCAGCAACGUCGCAAACACUCCACAAGUCACUGCUCGAGACAAACUCUACAUACCGAACAGCGAAUGCAAAUUUUACCCAUAUGGACUCUCAAACCCUGACUGAAACGGACUUGAAGAUGGAGCCGAGUCAACAACCGGCGUCCGAACCCCAGGCGACGGCCUCGGCGCAGAACCUUACCGUCAUCCAGCGUGACUACUCUCGGAAGCCGUCCGUGCUCUGGCCGCAGGACGCGAACUGUUCGAGUUAUAAGUUGUGGUUCGGGCUACGGGUACCCAGCACGUGGCUUCUCUCCUUUCCUCGCUCGGGCAAUACGUGGACCCGUUACCUGCUGGAGGCUGCUGCGGGCGUCGUCACCGGCUCCGUUUAUCAUUCCAAUUAUCUCAAAGGCUUAGGUUACAUGGGCGAGGACGACCCUCUGUGGUGGCGAACUUCCCUCGUCAUCAAGACUCAUUCACUCCUUCCUCUUCGCAUCCAUCCCGACUACCCUGUCAUAGCUGUCAUCAGGAACCCCGCCAGGUCUAUCCUGUCCUUUUGGAAUUAUUGGAAUAUAGAAGCAGAUUCACAAAAAUUUACUGGCUCCAUUGAUUAUUCUUAUUAUUUAACACCAGAAUUUCACGAGUUCGUACACAUUAAAUUGGAAAAAUGGAGGGCAACGUACGAAUAUGUCCUAAAGAAUACUACAAAACUGCAUGUGGUGUUCUAUGAAAAGCUCCGAGAAGACCCAAUAAAGGAGGUACGUAAGAUGCUGACCUUCUUGGGCGUUAAACCAGAUGAAGGUCGCCUUGCCUGCUUGAGUCGCCAUACAGAAGGGAGAGUGAAAGGAGCUCAGAAAGAAAAUGAUCCCUACAGUUUGUACGAGAAAAUGAACAUGUUUUCUGUUGUCCAAGCAAUUAAUGCUCUCUUAAAAGAAAGAGGAUUUACUGACUUACCUGAUUAUGAAUUUUAGAAGUAGGGUCUACUACAUUUUGCUCAUACAAGUU